GCCCAUCUAGGUGUCAGCAAAGAAGAAAAGCACCGAAUUUUUUUUGGUUUAAUCCCUAUCUUAUAUAUCUUUUUAAUCACCAGAGUGACUCGUCGUGCUUUUCCCUUUGGAUCUACUAUCUGUCCAUCAUCUGGGCUCGGUUACAUCCUCCACCCUCGGAGCCCGGAUCCUCCGUCCCCAGUUCCCUCUUCGCUCCCACCGGGCGAUCAUUCUCAUUCCCUGACCGUAUGGGCGCCCGCGACAGCCGUCCCCUUUGACCACUUCGACCCUGACCGACUUUGGGCAACGAGACUUAAUCGAGGGCCUGCAUUGAGGCGAAGCGGGUGAACCGACUGGGUGGAAGCAACGAAUCGAUGCUUUGGUCUUUCGCGUCUACUGUGCCCCAGAACCGCCUCGUCUUGGCCUCCACCCCGAACGCUAAAAGCGGCCUGUUGUCUUCCCACCACGGACGCGCCAGUUCGAUCGACUUCACUACCCUCGGUCGCCCUCUGGUCGCGGUCGCGAUCCAUCGCCCUCGAAGUCUCCUAUCCGCGGUGACUUCCGCCUACGAGCAAUGAUGAUGGCGCAAUCGUUUCCUGCCCAUCAAGGCAUGCCGCCACACGGGCUUCCCCCCGGCCACCAUCCCAUGGCCGCUCAACAUCCGAACGCGGGACACCCUGGACCUGGCAUGGUGCAGCAGAUGCACCCUGGAGUUUCUGGACCGGGAGGGCCUCAAGUGAGCCAGGCGGGCCCAAUGAUGGGUGGGAUGCCCCCGGGCGCUGGCACCGCUGGCCCCGGUGGUCCGAUGCCGAACGCCCACGCCCUUUCUCACUUGAAUCCUACACAGGCGCAUAUGUUUCAGCAGCAGGCCUUCCAGCAAAAUUUCGCAAAUAACCCGCAAUUACUUCACCAGCAACAGCAGCAUCAGCAGUUCCUUCGUCAGCGUAUGAUGAUCCAACAGCAGCAACAACAACAACAACAGGCCCAAGCGCAACAGCAACACGGUCUGCCCGUAUCGCUCCCUAAUGGUACCCAGGGUGUCAGCGCUGCUCAGCUGGCUGCGAUGCAAGCGAAUCCUGGUGGCAUGCGGCCAGUCAACGCAAUGAUGCAUCUCCAACAGCAAGUUCCUCAUGGCCAACCUCAGAAUCUCCAACAGCAACAACAGCAACAGCUCUUUGCUCUCCAGCAGGCGCAAGCACACCAAGUGCAGGCCCAGGCCCAGGCUCAAGCUCAAGCCCAGGCCCAGGCCCAGGCUCAGGCUCAGGCGAAUAAUGCACAGGGUGGUCAGCACACACCGCAGCGUGGCUCUGCGCAGCCUCCUAACAUGCAUGAGACUCAGGGUGCGACUCCUCAGUCCCAGCAUGGCCAGCCUCAGCAAAGUGGUACCCCUCAACCAAACCACACUCCUCAACCUCCCUCGAGUCAACCCCAACAGCCACAGGCUGGACCCCAGCAAGCUCAGGCUACUCCAAACCCCCAGCCACAGCAGUUGCCCCAAACAUCACAACCUGGGCCCCAGCCUGGACACCCAGGACCUCAAGGACAGCCUCAACAUGGCAUGCCGGGCCAGCCAGGCCAACACCCCGGCCAGCCCGGUCAGCCGAUGACUGCUCAGGAAGCCCAGUUGAAGGCUCAGCAGCAACAGAAUGCCGCUUUAAUGAUGCAGCAAAGAAUGAAUCGCCAGAAUGCAACGGUACUAUGUUUACAUGCGUAUGCGGAACAUCUGAGUCAAUUCCAGAGUCGCGGCGAAGCGCAAGAUCUCCUGUACUGGCAGACAUUUGUUGAUCGAUUCUACGCCCCCGGAGGUGUGUUGCGACAGGGUGUCUGGAACCCACAGGUUGGGUCCAAGCAGUUCGAAAUCUCGACCCCAGCAUUGGCACGGUACUUCCUCACUCAGUAUACCAGCGGCAUCCGUCAGAUUCAAAUGGUCGUUGAAGGUGCCCGCGAACGAGAUAUGCCCAAUGGAGGACACAUGCUGGAGAGCCCUCGGACGUCCUUCAUUUAUUGGUUCACGAAUGAUUGCCAGCUUUUCACCCAAGGGCAACUGCGCGCCCAUUUCGACAUAGCCAACAAAAUCGAGAUGCUGGACAUCAACGUCACCAGCCACAACGAGUUUAUCCCUCGCAGUCUGCUCCAGUCCCUGGAGCUCUCUGAGCAAAAACAGAGCCCCAAGGUCUCUAAAAACACGGCAAAGCGGGCCCAGAAGCAAAGUCCUCAAAUAUCUCUGCCAGAGUCGAUGGUCACCUCCAACGGUGUGCCGACGCCGGUCAUGGGAUUCCUGGAAGUUGCCGAGACCAUCUCCCAGAUGCAAUUGCUCUUCCAAUUCUCACAGCAGAACCCACAAUUCUCUCCCCCCGAAGCUCUCCACAACCUGGUGGGUAGCUUCCCGCCUCAGAACCCCAACGCUGGGUUUGUCACGCCGAUGAACCCUGGCAUGCAGCAAAUGCCCAAUGUUCGGAAUCCUAAUAUGGGUGGACCUUCGCAAUUUGCUUCUCCUGCCAUGGCUCAUCUUGGGCUGCCCGGAGCCCAGGGAUCACCUCAUUUGACCGGCUCUGGACACGCGAGCCCUGCUCAGAGUCAGAUUGCAGGACCUCCGGGCAUGCAAGGUGCCGUUCAGCCUUCACCGGUUGGGGUGAGCAACAGCCCCAACGUUGGCGCUAACAAGCGCCGCCGUGCGAGCACCGUUAAGAACGAACCGGAAGAUGGGACAGGCGAAGUCAACGGUGCUGCAAUCCAAGGAGCUGGCAAGGUCAAGGCCAGUCCUCGAGUCCCCAAACGACAGAAAGGGGCUGCGGCCUGAUUGAACUCUGUCAUACACAUACUAUUACGCCACCUCAUUCUCUCCCCAUUUUUUUACGUCAUUCUAAGAUGCGGAGAAUUGGCGCACCAUUGGAUAUCUGGGGCGAGGGGCUCUCUUGGCCUCCCUGUGAACUUUUCUGUCAUUUAUGUUUGGGAUUCCUUGAUCUUCCACAUCAAAGGAAUGUCUUCUACUGUUGUCGCUAUUCUGACGAUUAAACUGGCCGAUGAUGGAGCUAAUCGAUGUCCAUGGAAUCCUCCUUCCCCACCUGCAAAUCCCUCGGGUAUAUUAUACAAGUGGUAGGACCUCCGUGGGUGCCUAUCCCCAUCGACCCUGGUCAUCUCCGAUUCUAAUGUACUCUAUAUCUCCUUUUCAGCGUUUGUUUUGGGAUGGUCUGGACACAUCGCCUGACUUUACAUGCUUUUCUUCAACUUUACCUUUUUCUGUGAUUCUUUUUUUUGAACAAGUCUUAAACGGCUUUGCCAUGCCCGGGGUUAUUUGACGACUUAUUGGAUCGGUCUGUUUCUCUUUAUUUUUUGUUCUCUAAGGGUGUUUGCCCGUUCUGCUGUUCUCUUGCUCGUUGGUCUUUGAUUGCCGGCCUGUCUGUUUUGAUUUCGGAAAAACUGGCCGAAUGCUUUGAUAUCCGUUUCGGCGAUUGCAACUGGCGUCGGGCUUUGCGUUUCUUGGAAUUGCGUCUGCGUGCAUUUGGGGGGUUCUUCCCUUCGAGUCUCAGUGGGCUUGGAGGUUGUUCUUGAUGACUCUUGUUUCGAGGCUCAUUGUUUUGCCGCCAUUUUGACGAAUCCUUAUACAUACCAGCACAGUUCUCUCUUGGUCCGAUACCAGCCCAGUAGAUUAUAUGCCUUUUUGUAUGCUGCACCGAUCAUUUUAUUUUGUAUCGAUCGCUACGUUUCAC